CCAAAAAAAAAGUACGGAAGCGCACGAAGCAAUCACUGUCCAUUACACACAAUACUCAAGUAAGUUAAAAUAAAAAAUGUUUUAAGACCAAGAGCUAGGAUUAAAUCAUAUAUAUUUUCUUUGUCCGUCCCCCUAUCCCUUGAGAUGUUUAUUGAACUAGGGAAUGCAAUUUCUGGAUAAACUGUAAUUGUAAAGAGCUGACGCUCAAUCGAAAAUGCGGUGGUAAAAAUGAAUCGUUGUCAUAGAGAAUAUGAGGGUUGCGUCGCUCAAUAAUUGUAAAAUUGGUAUGUUUAUCUGUGAAAUAGCCCUUAAUUUGGCUUUUGUCUGUCCGGACGGCCACGCAUGGUGACAGGCAUAAUAAUGAAAUCAUCCUCCACUACAUGGUGCUGUGAUCUUUAAUUCCAGCAACUCUAUCAUCUUUGCAUUCAACUGAACAGGCCCAAAUUUCACAUUGAGUCAUCAAUGUGACCCACUCAAAAGGUUUAUAAUGGCCCGUAGAUGUCUUCAGGUGAUGCCAAAGCACUACUUUUAUAUCAGGUAGGGCCUUGUCGUGUCCAAUAGAAGCUCCACUCCUUACCGCAACAUCGUUCCUGAGCAUCAACAUGCCUGAUAAAAUGAUGCCAAAGCACUUGUUUUUCUGCAUGUCAUUGUUUCCCUCUCUUUCAGGCCACUUUGUCAUUCAAGCCUAUCGAGGAGCAGCAACUGUGUGCUCUGUGGCCUUGCUGCGGGUCCCGUGGGCGAGUCUCGUGCUCCGUCUCCGGCCCCGAAGCAUGGCCAAAGCAGCGCUCCCCGCCUCCGCGCGCCUCUGCGUCUUGCUCUUAACCGUCUCGGCGGUGACCGCGAUGCCGGGAGCCGCGCGCCGUGACCGCGGGCGCGUUGGGGAUCACCGCGGGCCGGACGUGGGACGCGGAGGACGCGCGGAAAGCUCCCCGGCGAAUGAAAGCGAGGACGCGGCCGGCGGCGCCGAGGGCUCGGAGGAGGGCUCCCUCCGCCUCAGGAGAGCGCUGUCCCGGGAAAAACAAAUGUCGCUGCAAAGCAGCUCGUUCGUGCUCAAGGGGGAUGCGACGCACAACCAGGCGAUGGUCCACUGGACCGGGGAGAACAGCAGCGUCAUUCUCAUUCUGACCAAGUACUACCACGCCGACUCCACCAAGGUGCUGGAGAGCUCUCUGUGGAGGUCCACCGACUAUGGCACCACCUACACCAAACUCAACCUGAUGCAGGGGACCACCGUUGUGGUGAACAGCUUCUACAUCUGCCCGACCAACAAGAAGAAGGUGGUUCUCGUCGGCUCGUCCGUGAACGAACGGGACCAGAUGCUGUUCAUCAGCACCGACGAGGGCUCCUCCUUCCAGCGACAAAGCGUGGUCUUCACCCCAGUCACGCUGGUCUUCCACCCCAAGGAGGAGGACAAGCUCCUGGCCUACUGCAAGGACGGGCGGCUGUUUGCCUCCACGGAUUUGGGCCGCAAGUGGACUUUGCUUCAGGAGCGGGUGACCAAGGACAGAGUAUUCUGGUCGGUAACGGAUGUGGAUGUGGAUCCUGAUCUGGUACACAUGGAGAUGCAGGACACAAGUGGAGGUUACCUAUAUGUGACCUGUCUCAUCCAGAACUGCUCCGACAAAAUGGUGACCGCUCAGUUCUUGGGGAAAAUCGACCACAAGUCUCUGUCGGUGCAGGGCGACUACAUUUUUGUCAAGGUGACCACAGGGAAUCGCACCAAGCACUACGUGUCGUAUCGACGCAACGAGUUUACCCAGAUGAAGUUUCCCAAGUAUGCCUUGCCGAAGGAUGUUCAGAUAGUGAGCACGGACGAGGAGCAGGUCUUCCUGGCUCUGCAGGAGUGGUACCAGACGGACACGUACAACCUGUACCAGUCGGACACACGGGGGGUCUACUACUCCAUCGUGCUGGAGAACGUCCGUAGCACCCGGCAGCCCGAGGAAAUGGUCCUCAUCGACAUCCUGGAGGUGCGCGGGAUCAAAGGGGUCUUCCUGGCCAAUCAGAGGGUGGACGGCAAAGUGAGAACCGUCAUCACCUACAAUAAAGGACGAGAUUGGCAGCCCUUGACCCCGCCUGCCACCGACAUGAACGGAAAGUCAAUCACCUGCAAAGCGCCCGACUGCCACCUCCACCUUCACCUACGCUGGGCGGACAACCCCUAUGUGUCCGGUACUGUCCACACGAAAGACUCUGCUCCGGGUCUCAUCAUGGGAGCAGGUAACCUUGGCUCCAAGCUGGUUGAGUACAAAGAAGAAAUGUACAUCACGUCCGACUGCGGGAAGACAUGGAGACAGGUUUUUGAGGAGGAGCAUCACAUUCUGUACCUCGACCACGGCGGGGUUAUCGUGGCCAUCAAGGACACCUCAAUUCCGCUCAAGAUACUCAAGUUCAGUAUCGACGAGGGGCGCACGUGGACGGUCCACAACUUCACCAGCACCUCCGUCUUUGUCGACGGGCUCCUGAGCGAGCCGGGAGACGAGACCUUGGUGAUGACCGUCUUUGGCCACAUCAGCUACAGGUCCGACUGGGAACUGGUCAAAGUGGACUUUCGGCAGUCAUUCCCUCGCCAGUGUGCAGAGGCCGAUUAUGAGUCCUGGCAGCUCACUGACCUGCAGGGCGAAAAGUGCAUCAUGGGUCAGGAGCAGACUUUCCGGAGGAGGAAAGACACCGCGUUUUGCGUCAAAGGAAAAAGCUACACUUCGGCACUCGGGAGGAAAGCCUGCCAGUGCACCGAACGGGACUUCAACUGCGACUACGGUUUUGAGCGAUCCCUCACAGAAAGCGGACGAUGCUUUGCUGACUUUUGGCACCAUCCGGACUCGCCGCCGGAAGACUGCCAGCCGGGGCGAACCUUCGAGUCCAGCACGGGGUACCGCAAGGUGGUGUCAAAUGCGUGCGAGGGGGGCCUGGACAAAGCGCAGAGUGCCAAACAAAGUAACUGCCCUCUGCUGCCCCCUAGAGGACUGCAAGUGGGCAUCAAAGGGCAGAUGCUGGCUGUGGCCCCUGGUGAUGACGUCACAUUCAUCGUUCACCAGGAGGAGGGCGACACGAGCAGCACCAAGUACCAGGUGGACCUGGGCGACGGCUUUCGAGCCAUUUACCGGAACCUGACGGUGACGGAUGAGCCCAUCCAGCACCGCUACGAGAAGCCGGGCGUCUACAAAGUUUCCGUGCAGGCCGAGAACGCGGCGGGUCACGACGAGGCCAGCAUGUACAUCCAGGUCACAGCACCUCUGCAAGAAGUUCACCUGGAAGUGACGCCCAUCGCCGGGAGAAACCACCAGGUCAACCUGACGGCCGUCGUCCUUCCCGCCGAGGCCAACCUGACCGUCUUCCACUGGUGGAUCGGAAACAACCUGCAGCCAACGUUGACCCUGCACAACAGCGUGCUGACCAGCUUCCCAGAGGAGGGCGAGAUUUCGGUGAGCGUCCAAGCCUCCAACGGGAGGUCCAUGGUGCAGGAUACCAGAAGGGUUCGCGUCUAUGAAAACUUCCACGUCAUCCCGCUGAGCUUUAGCAGGCACCUGGACCGCUUCAAUCCCAACAUUCCCGAGUGGCGAGAGGACGUGGGUCAGGUCAUCACCAAGAUACUGGCCAAGGUGACGGGUGUUCCGCAGGAUUCCCUGGUUACCGUGGUGAAGGCGGGCCUGCCCACCGCCGCCGACCUGUACGUCCUCCCGACGGAGCGCACGCCAGCGAAAAGAAGCGCGUUUCAGGAUAAGCUUAUUCCAGCCAUCAUGCGAGCUUUCAAAGAGCACAACGUCAGUUUCGUGGUGCGAGGAGGUCUCCAGGUCCUGGUGCUGCCAGCGGACCCAAACGCAGGGCUAGCUCGAAAUGCUGUUGAGGCCACAGCAACAGAAAGUGGUCACGGAGCUGCCGGCGGUCCCGGCGUCUGGGCCGUCGCCGUCAUUUUCCUCAUCAGCAUCGCGGCCACGGCCUCCUUCGUUCUCUACAAGUUCAAGAGUCCUUGGCUCAGGACUGAGGAGGUCUAUCCCCCGCUGUUUUUCAGGAAGCUGCCAGGCAGCCGCAGCGUCUACGCCCAGAUGCACAACGAAAAGGAGCAGGAGAUGACCAGUCCUGUCAAUCACAGUGAAGACACGCAGCACAUCAUCCAGGGCGAGGAGUUCAUCGACGACGACCUGGACUCGCAGACGCUAGGUAACGCGGGAGCCAGCCCCACCUUCCGCUCCCUCAUACGGACCACCACUAACCACUGCUACUAAAUACCGCGCCACUCAAAGACACGCCAAGGUAACCAUUCAGGCGUGGUGCCGGGUGUCAACUCCAGAGAACUCUGCAGUUACCUGAGCAGCUGAUUGCUGCCAUGGCGACGGCUCUCACGAACACAGGGAUUUCACGCCGCUUUCAAUCCACCUCCUCUUAAACACACACACACACACACACACACACACAUAUCCCGAAGCUUGGUGGGAACCCGCAUCCAUGGAGACCCUCUUCCGAAGGGUGUCAGCCCUAAAUUCCACGCUUCUCACCAUAACCACCACAACCAUCCCCCGCCCCCUUGAUUAACAGAUGAAAGUCGGCGACAUGGAGGGAAGGUGUACUUUUUUCUUUUUUUUUUUUCUUUUUUAAACUCUAUCAGCCUAUAUUAGGCCUGGCACGCAGUGGGAAAGGGUUGAUGUAAAUGUGUAAAUCUAAAUGUUCACUUUGUUUCACUUGGGUGUUUAACACAGGAACUGCGUUGUUGUUUUUGUGUUUUUUGUUGUUGUUGUUGUUGUUGUUUUUUUUUUUUGAAGUGACCUUUUUUUGCAGUGGCGGACCUUGGCCUCACAAUUAUAGAAGCCUUCACAAACUAGACCCGUAAUGCUACCACGGGCAUCAUCUGGAUUUCUCUAAUAUUCAUUCAUUCAUUCAUCUUCCUAACUGCUUGAUCCUCACCAGGGUCGCGGGGGUUGCUGGAGCCUAUCCCAGCUGUCUCCGGGCAGUAGGCGGGGGACACCCUGAAUCGGUUGCCAGCCAAUCGCAGGGCACACAGAGACAAACAACCAUUCACACUCACACUCACACCUAGGGACAAUUUAGAGUGUUCAAUCAGCCUGACAUGCAUAUUUUUGGAAUGUGGGAGGAAACCGGAGCACCCGGAGAAAACCCACGCAGGCCCGGGGAGAACAUGCAAACUCCACACAGGGAGGCCGGAGCUGGAAUCGAACCCGGUACCUCUGCACUGUGAAGCCGACGUGCUAACCACUGGGCUACCGGGCCGCCCUUCUCUAAUAUUAAAUUUCCUAAUUAGACAAAAAGAAAAAAAAAAUAUUAAAUACAGGCACCCUGGAUGGUGACCAGUUCAAGGUCUCGUCCGCCUUUGGCCCAAAGUCAGCUGGGAUGGGUUCCAGCAACCCCCCUGGCGAUUCUGUGCAGGAUAAAGCAGCAGUGAAAAUGACGUGACAACACAUGAUUAGCUUUGCGCUGGCCGACCAAUCAGAAGAUGUAAAAAUUCCGGGAUUGUGGGAAAUGUGAUUGGCUCAAGAAACGGUCCGGUUGAGUCUGAAGGCCCCCGGUCAGGAUUAGAUUGACAGCACACCACAUAGAAAUUGAAAUUGGACACUUCCAUUUACUGGAAAAAAAAAAAGAGAAAUGCCGCCAGAUGAUGAGAAUUCACCGCCGGGAAAAAGUUCAAGCCAUUUUUAUGAAGCAAAUAUGAGAAUUGAGAAGUUCUAGAUGUAAGUCAGUGCUUCUGACCGUGUUGGGUCCAGGAGACGAGGGCCGCCACUGCCUUUACGAGUUGGGACUAAGCACUUCCUUAUUUUGACACGUAUUUUAUUUUCCACUCCGUAAUGUUUAUAUCCGGGACGGACUUGGAAUAAUGUCAUCCCGUUUUGAUACAAUUGCAGCAAAUACAAUGAAUAUGGAUAUUUUUGAUACACUCGUCAUCUCUCUCUGUAGACACUUUUUGGGGAAAAUUCUCCACAGUGUGUGUGGCUGCACUAUCGGUGUGAAGACUCUCUAGUCAAAUGUAUUGGGACGCCUCCGGGAAAUGAAAACGGAAAGAACUGGAUCGCUUCCACGCGAACACUUUGUACAAGAAAUUCAAAUUGCUAAUUUGAUGUGUUGAGAAAUGUGUGUCCCGAUCGGGGGCUUUCGAUAGCAGAGUUGACUCGGUUUCAUGUUUUUGUACAGAUUUUUCUGCUUGCCCUUUGUUUUUUUUAGUCUUUUGUCAUUGGCCCGUGUGUCAAGGAACCGCAUGGGAAUUCCAGGACACAUGUGACGGCCCUGCCUAACUUCCAAGCACAGAUUCCGCACUUGUUUUCCCUUCUUUCUGAUUUGUGCGGUUUGAUUAUUUUUUUUUUUUUUGCGAUUAAAAUGAUCCGAAUGUCCUCAUCAGGAAGCACAGAGCACUCCUCCUGGAAUAAAUCACUCCCAAUAACA